AUGGAAGGAAAGGCAGUGCAAAAGCGGACGGCUGAGGAGGAGCAGGGCGUGGAGGAGUUCAAGCAGUUCCUGCGCAUCAAGACAAUCUCUCAGGAGGGCCACAAAGGUGCCAAUUGGGAGGCCGUUCGUUUCCUCCAGGCGCUCCUCGAUCAAAUGGGCCUGCACACCAAGACCGUGGAAUGCAUCCAGGGCAAGCCCAUCUUGAUAGCAACGUUGGUGGGCGAGGAGCCAUCGCUGCCCUCCAUCCUUCUCAACAGCCACUACGACGUAGUGCCGGCCGUCGAGGCCAUGUGGAAGGUCGACCCGUGGGCGGCCGUAGAAGAUGAAGAGGGCAACAUCUUCGGUCGAGGAACGCAGGACAUGAAGUACAUCGUGGCGCUGCGCCAGCUGAUCAAGGAGGGCAAGAAGUUCAAGCGCACCAUCCACCUCACGUUCGUGCCCGAUGAAGAAAUUGGCGGCGUCCAAGGCAUGAAGGAGUUCGUGGUGACGGAUGACUUCAAGAACCUCAACGUGGCGCUCGCCCUGGACGAGGGUCUGGCCAACCCCACCGACAAGUUCACCGUCUUCUACGGCGAGCGCGCCGUGUGGUGGCUCAAGGUCAAAUCCACAGGGCCGGCCGGACACGGGAGCCGCUUCAUCAAGAACACGGCCAUGGAGAAACUCCUGCGGUCGGUCCAGCAGUUCCUGGCCUUCAGAGCUGAGCAGGAGGCACGCCUCGAGGCGCACCCUGGAUGCCAGCACGCGGCGGUGAAGGCAGAGAAGCUGGGCGACGUGGUCACGCUCAACCUCACCAUGCUCCAGGUCAGCCUCAAGACUCUUCGUACCGUCAGCUCCCGCCUCAACGCCUCAUAA